CAAGGAGCUCUCGUACCGGCAGCAGGCGGCCAACCUCAUUCAAGACAUGGGCCAGCGCCUCAACGUAUCUCAGCUUACGAUAAAUACCGCCAUUGUUUACAUGCACAGGUUUUAUAUGCAUCACUCCUUCACGAAAUUUAAUCGAAAUGUAAGUAUGAUUUCAUACGUGGUCAUCGUAGGCACGCAGUUUCGACAGCGUGGCUGACACGUGCUCCGUUCCUGGGCUGGGUGUGUGUUUAGGCGUUCUGGCUUCUCGGCGCGGCGGCUUAGAUGCAACAGCGAUAGUUUCUCUUCAAGUCCGAGUUACUUUACCAAGUAGCAAUUACGUUUUUCUCUUCUGCCACCGAAAUUAAAAACAGUAGGCGCCAUCGGCAAACGCAUCUCACGUGUGUGAAGAAUGCUCUUGGGUGGUUUGAGUCUGGCUGGCGCUUGUGCGCUGUGGUGCCGGAGGCUGAUGUGUAGGAGCGCGCUGUUAAUGAAUUGAGAGGCAGCGCUGGCGUGCUGCGUCUGGCAGCUACAGUAUGGCUGUGUGUGAAUCCGUACAGGUUAUGUCUCGGUUCUUGAAAACGAAUAUAAAUUCAUUUAGCUACCUUUGUCUUAAGGUAGUUCAACAAUAAGUUGUGUUAGACGUGAAAAAUCUUCAGAACUCGUGAGAAAAUGCUGACUGUCCUGCUUGAGCUAAUGAAAUAAGCACGCUGAGCUUGAGUACUUGUAUGCGUUAUGAAGAACAGCGUUCUCCAGUAAACAGACUGUCUUACGCUUUGUGGUGUGUUGUUUUUCUUUAAGCAGUUAUGGAACUUAGAUACCAUUUUGAAGACUUCAAGGUCUUUUUUACAUCCAGGGUAUCAGACACAGAUCUCAGAAAAAAUAAUAUAAUAUUCUAGGGUUUUUUUUCAUGACUUCUCUUGUUCGUUUUUUUUUUUUUGUUUCUCUGUUUUUAAAGUACUUCAUACCAACUUUGCAAGAACAGUGAAUUGUGAUAGUGGGAUGUCAUUUGGUGAAGAGGAUGGUUUUCCUCAGACCUUGGCUUGCUUUGGUAAAAGAAAGAAGCACAGAGUGUGACAGUGUUAGGAUGUAGGCCAGAGAAGAUCUUGGUCUGCCAAGAGGUAGAAUGUUGCAAACUUGGCACUGCCUGGAGCGCGGGCAGGUACCGAUCACAGUAGGUUACAGCAGUAUCCUUUGUUGAGUUCGUGUCAUUACUGGCUGUGCACACGGGCACCUUAUUUGGUGUUUAUUGAGCAAGGAAUGCGUAUCGGUAUGUAGACACUCUUCAGAAGUGUAUUGAAUUAUUUUUGUGCAAAACCUGAGGUAAAUUCAAACUCAUGCAGCAAGCUUGGCACCAAGACUGUAGUGUUGCAGGUCUUGGGGAUAAUAGCUAAGCCUGUAAGCGUAACCUGAGAUCAGCUUCCAUCAGUCUGAAAAACUUGAACAGGAGGAAAUGUGUAAUGUACAUUUUGCUCCUGUAAUGAUAGAGAGGUAUCUGUUGGACUGAUGUACAUACAAAUCAAAAGGUACUUUCCUAGAGCCGCUUUCUAAUUUUAGAGCAAGAAUAGCACACAUGCCAGUAAGUUCCAACAGGCUUUGUAAUUAAAUGUCGUGGAAUCAUAGACGGGUUUGGGUUGGAAGGGGCCUUAAGGAUCAGCAUGUCCUUCAGAAGUGUUUCUCAACUAAUCAAGGGAAGGCAGGAAAACACUUGUUCUGUCCUUCUCCACCUCUGUAUGGUGCUACCAGUGCAGCAGUCACCUGGAGCUGGUGCUGCGUUCAGAGCCUUCUCGGGCUGUUUGCGGACUUGAUAAGCGAGGCAGCUGCUGGGAAUGGAGAGCUCACUGGAGAGGCUCCCAGCAAGGGCUUGUGUUGUCACACACCGCCUGCUGGAUUAGUGCUUGUCCUCCCAGCUAGUAGUUGAGGUUAGACUUACGUAGCAAGAAGCUUUAGCUGCUGUGUUCUGGUUUUCACUAGAUGCUAGAAAAUGCCAGGUCACUUGGAACUGGAAGCACGGUGCUGCUUGGAUACACUGUGCCCUCCUUAUGAAAACUAAGCCUUACCUUGUAUUUGUGAGACUUAGCAUUUACAAGUAAGCCCUGAAAUGGCUGAAUGCCAUUGGGACUCCAGAUGUUAAAGGAGCAGAAAGUGUAUUGUUACAUUUAACCUCAGGUAACAGUAUUCAAGUAAAAGUUAAAAGCUAGUAUGCUGCAAGUUAGCACUGGGAAAUACUGGUUCCUGUUGAAUUCCUUCCUGUAUUUGUUAAUGAGGUCAGACAGUAGCUUUCUGUGUGUGCUGAUGGAGAAAUUACUUUUUUUCCCUAUUCUUCUAGGGUGAAGGGAGUGAUCUAAAAGUGAACGUGAGCAGCUUUUACAAUUCUUACUCCCAUACCAUCUGGCAGGUUCUCUGUAGAGAAAGCAAAAGCCAAGGACUGUAAUAAAUACUUAAUAUCAAAUCUCCAGAGUACUUGGCAAGCUGAAAAAGUUAACAGUGUUUAUCUGCUGCAAGAAGAAACUAAGCCUUGGAAGUUAAAUAAUAAGGUACUGUCAGUCUUGAAGCUGAGACCUAGCUAACAUGGUCUGUGGAAGCAAUCAGUUAUGUUUCUUCAUGUGUGCAUGUGGUGAUAUCCUUCUAUGGAAAGAAGGAAGGCAGGGGAUAGGAAUCUAGACAGCCAUUGGUUGGAAUUUCUUAUGAUCUCCCACUGAAAAAAAUUUAGACUGCUUUCUUGCUUUAUUGGUAGGUUAAUGUUUUUCACUGAGUAAUAAACACUUGAGUAUUUAUAUUCAUGUAUGACUGUGGGGUUGUGCGAAUACAUGUCAUAUAUGUUAUAUGCACUUUAUUGUUUUAAUAAACAAGUUUUCUAAUGGAAGGUAAUUUACUGAAUAGAUGUUGUGCUAAUUCUGUUUUUAUCUUAAAUAUAAUAAAUUAUUGUUCAACAGUCCUGCAUGCUUUCAAGAUUUUCAGAGUAAUCUGUGAGUAGGGAACAGAACUAACGGUGUUUUCAGUCAGUAGAGCCACAGGGGUGGGACAUAGCAAUGUGGCCGGUCCAUUUGGAAUGUAUUGCAUUUACUGCUUCACAGACCAAACAUCCAUAUUUUUAGUGAAUUACCAUGGGUUAGCAAGUCACUUUUCAAAUACUGUGGUUUGUCUGCAAAGAAUAUGUAUUUUUUAGUUACAAUAAGAAUGAUUCCAGCAUCAAAUUACGAAUGCAAAGCAGGGGGAGAGCCUGCACGCUUGAUGUGUUCCAGCAGCAUGGUGGAAACUUGCUCAAAGCUGGUGAACAGAAAUGGGUGUGCUAACUACCAACCUGCCCUCGCCAUGCGAAUCGUGUUUCAGUACGAGUCUCCUCAGCAGUAGUACAGAUUAUCCUGUGUUAGCAUUGACCAGGGCGUAGCAACUUUGGUUUGCUGAGCAUAAAUGUAGGCAUUGCUAAGAUCGGGGGGUUGGGGGGAGCUUGCUGGCUUUUUAUAGAAAGUACUGGCCUGUUACAGCGAUACCUUGAAACAUCUUAAAUAGUAUUUACAGAAGACUUCUAAUUUUCCUGUGGUACUUCAUCUGAUAGUACAUAGCCAAUACUGCUUACAGAAGCGUAUUAUUCGGUACGCGGUGAUUUCAAGAACAGAAGGGGGAGGAAUCUGUGGUAUGCUGGAGAUGAGAGGUAAGGCAUCCAAAUGGUAGUUGUAUUUUUAAAUCUAAUCCUUAGAAAUGCCAAGUGGAAUAUCGAACAACUAGUUGAUGAUGUCAAGUUUUUUUUGUACCACACAGUGGGACAUAGUAAAGUGCCCAAAGAGAGACUACAGAAGGAAUUUUUCCUGAAGUGCAAGAUUAUAUCUCCUACGGCAUUGUUCUUGGCUGCAAAAGUGGAAGAACAGCCACGGAAACUCGAACAUGUUAUUAAAGUAGUAAAUGCGUGUCUUCAUCCUCAUGAGCCGCAACUGGAUACAAAGUGUGAUGCAUACCUUCAGCAAGCUCAAGAGCUGGUUAUACUUGAAACAAUAAUGCUUCAAACUUUAGGUUUUGAGAUUACCAUUGAACAUCCGCACACAGAUGUUGUGAAAUGCACGCAAUUAGUGAGAGCAAGCAAGGAUUUGGCACAGACAUCCUAUUUCAUGGCUACCAACAGUCUUCACCUUACUACAUUCUGUCUUCAAUACAAGCCUACAGUGAUAGCUUGUGUGUGCAUUCACUUGGCCUGCAAGUGGUCCAACUGGGAGAUUCCAGUAUCAACUGAUGGAAAACACUGGUGGGAAUAUGUAGAUCCUUCAGUUACUCUGGAAUUACUAGAUGAACUAACUCAUGAGUUUCUUCAAAUACUGGAGAAAACACCUAGCAGGCUGAAGAGAAUUAGAAAUUGGAGGGCUAAUCAAGCUGCUAAGAAACCUAAAGGUGAUGGACAGGUAUCUGAGAACUCGCUUCUUGGCUCAUCUUUGGUCCAGAAUUCCAUUUUGGUGGAUACAGUUACUGGUGUAGCUGCAAACACAAGUUUCCAAAAACCAUCAACGUCAUUUCCUGCACCAGUACCUCUGACCUCAGGAAGUAUUUCUGUUCCAGAUAGUCAUGCACCUGAAAAUUUGGCAAUACUAGCAACAGGAAUGCCAAGUACCUCAUACAAUUUGGCAUCACACCAGGAAUGGCCUCAGCAUCAAGAACAAACAAGGACAGAACAAAUAUACUCUCAAAAACAGGAGGCGUUACCUCCUAGUCAGUAUAAUAUGAACUUCCAACAAGGAACAUCUGUGCAGUUGCACUCUGGAGUACAUCACAGGCCUGACAAACUUGCUGAACAUUCUACUGUCAAACAAGAAUAUUCUCAUAAGUCAGGAAACAAACACCACGGACAAGUUGCUGCUCCUAUAAUAAUUCCUCAAAAAAUGUCUUUGGAUAAAUAUAGAGAGAAACGUAAACUAGAAACCCUUGAACUAGAUGUGAGAGAACACUAUGUAGCAACCCCAGGCGAACAGGCACACAAAAAGCAUGUGCAGGCACAGCCAGCCAGCAGUACUUCUGUUACGUCUCCU